AUGGAGGAGCUUUUAAGUGAUAUUAAUAGUUAUAAUAGAUCAUUUAAAAAACAAAGAAUUGAUUUUUUAUUAAAUGAUAAUAAUGAUAUUGGCGAUGACGACGAUAAUUCAAAUUGGGUUUUUAACAAUAAUAAAAAUUUGAAUAAAUCUAACGACCUUCGUAAUCAAAUUAACAUUAAUAGUUAUAAUAAUAAUAAUAAUAAUAAUUUUAAUAAUCAACAUCCAAUUUAUACAUAUAACCAUCAUCAAUAUCAUCAUAAUCAUCAUCAUCAUAAUCAUAAUCAACAACAUCAUCAUCAUCAUCAUAAUUAUCAUCAUAAUAACCACCAUAUUGAUGAAAUUGAUAAUAAUAAUAAUAAUUUACAACAAAUUCCUCAAUCACCAGAAAUUCAACAACAACAUCAAUUACAACAUUCAUAUAGUCCUCCAUUAUAUCAUUAUCAGAAUGUUUAUUAUCAUAAACAACAUUCACCACCACCUCUACCUCUUCCACAAUCACUUCAACCAUUAAGUUCACCUCAACUUGUAAACAAUUCACAAUUUUCACCACCACUACACUCCAAAUCUAAUCAACCACAAAUUCAAAAUAUUAUUCAACCAAAAACUCAAUACAAUCAACAAUCGAUUUCAAUAAAUAAUUUAAAUAAUAAUAAUAAUAAUAAUAAUAAUAAUAAUGAAAUUAUUAAUAGUAAUUUCAAAAAUAUGAAUGCCAAUUACAACCAAAAUAUUAAUAAAAAUAAUCACCAAAAUAAUAAUAAUAAUAAUAAUACUAAUAACAAUAAUAAUAAUAAUAAUAAUAAUAAUUUUAACAAUACAAUUAAUAAUGAUUUUUCAAAUAAUCAAAAUAUAAAUACCAUUAAUAAUAACAAUAAUAACAGUAGUAAUAAUACACCAAAUCCAAACCCAAAUCCAAAUCCAAAUCCAAUUAAUAAUAAAAAUAAUAAUCAAUCAGUUCCUGAAAUUUCCAACUUUAAAGUUGAAGAUAUUUGUAAAUUAACAUUUCCAGAAAUUUGUUCCGAAAUUAGAAGAUUAGGAGGUACAUUACCAUCCAAUAUCUCAAUGAAAGAUGCAAAAAUUGUCUUAGAGUCAAUAAUUACCAGAAGUACUUUAAAUAAAAAUGGUGAAAUUAAAUUAGCUUCUUCUGGUUUUAAUAACCUUGUAAAUAAUAAUAAAAAUAAUAAAAUAAACCAUAAUAGUAAUAGUAACAAUAUUAAUAAUAACAAUAAUAAUAUUGUUAAUAAUAGUAAUCAUAGUGAUAAUGAUAAUAAUAGUAAUAGUGAUAAUUCAACACCAACAUCUCCAACACCAACGUCACCAAAUUCCCAAACAUCAAAUGUAGUAAAUGAAUUACCAAAUUGUGCAUAUUGUAAUAGAGUUGCCAGUUGGAAACAUGAUAAAAAACGUUACUACUGUCGUAAUUGUAAUAAAGCAUUCAUACCAAUCGAAAAUAGAAUAUAUAAACGAGCUACCGAUAGUGAAUUCAAUAUCGCCCAAAUGAAUUCAAAUAGAGCCCACAAUCAAACAAAUAAUAAUGGUAAUAAUCACACCCUUUUAAAUAUUCAUAAUAAUAAUAAUAAUAGUAAUAAUAAUAAUAAUAAUAAUAAUAAUAAUAAUAAUAAUAAUAAUAAUAAUAAUAAUAAUAAUAAUAAUAAUAAUAACAAUAUUAAUAAUAAUAAUAAUAAUAAUAAUAAUAUUAUUAAUAAUAAUAUUAAUAAUAAUACUACUAAUAAUAAUAAUUAUUCACAAAAUACCAUUAUUACAAAUCAAAAUAACCAAAAUUGUUUAAAUAAUCAAUCUGACUCAUUACAACAAAUACCAAAUUGUACUAGAUGUGGGUUGGCACCUGCAUGGAAACAUGAUAAAUUUCGUUGGUGGUGUAAGACUUGUUCACGUGCUUACACACCAAAUGUCGUUAGAACAGGUUAUACUUUAAAUAAAGUUUAA